GCCAGAGGUCAAAGACUGGACUGUUCGUCCUGUGCAGGACUUCCUGACUAUUGCCCAAAACAGGCGUGAGUGGCGGGCCUUCUGGCUAUGGCUGCACUGGUGAUGACGUGUGUCAGAGCAGAGUUGUCUGCCAACUCUACAGCGAUGCCGGAAGAGGAAGCGCUUGUACUUGACUUCAUCAUGGACGCCCCCAAGGAAGCCGUGUACUUCGUGUUUGAUAUCAAGGGUACACAACUCACUAGCGAUGAUGUUAACAAAGCUUUUGAAGGAUAUCCCGUGACCUACAAAUUCAAGGUGUUAGGAGCCCAACACUUUAUCGUCGUCUUGAGAAGCGUGCCUGGUGACCGCGCUGCACUCAGGGACCUCGUCAUCCCCCAGGCCACAGACGUGGAGGUGUUGACAGCUGAACACCUCAGCGAUUUAUUCAUUUACUACGAUGUGCCGGGCCUACAGGACAAGAAACCUUUACUCCUAGAGGAUGAGAACCUGUACAUGACUAAAAUCUCCAUACGGGAAGAGGGUGUAGAGGGCCGGUUGUCCAGCGCUUGUUAGGCAGAAAAUGCUGAUGCAUGCCAGUAAGUAAAGGACGAUUGCAAAAGAGCGCGAAAACAACGCUGAUGCAAAAGAGCGCGAAAAGUGAC